AUGCAGGCUGCCGCCGCCGCCACCGCAAGAUUUCAGUUCGCGGUCCCAUAUAUCCUCCAGCCCGUCUCCCCCGGUCUCGCCGCACUCCACGCCUCCCGUGCGCGUAGCAUCCACCCCACCGAUUCUACCUUGCGGACCACGCAUUGCCGGGCAUGCGGCGCCUCCUACCUUGAAGGAGGGCAUAUCAGGACCAUGCGCUCGGGAAACAGAAAAAAAGGCGACAAAGGCAAGGACACAGCAUCCGCUCGCGUCAUCCGCAUGUCCUGCGAGAUCUGCGGCCACAAGGAGGAUUUUCCUGUAGAGGGCGACCGUCUAUCGUCAUUCAUCCAACCCAGGAAAAGGCGACGACAAUCCGCACAGACCAUCGGGACGACGCUUGUACCCGCUACGGUGUCUGCAGUGACUUCUAGAGGAACCGCCAAUGUCAGAUCUGGAUCUGCUGGUCAACACGCUCCUGCCCCUGCACGAAGUCCAUCAGCAUCUUUAACAUCUAACGCUUCAUCAUCAACACCGGAUGAGAAAGACAGGAAAGAUAUCUUACCGACCGGUCAAUCUAAGGCUCGGUCGCGUAAACUCGGUGGACUACAGGGAUUGUUGGCACGUAAUCGCGAGAAGAGGGAGCAGAUACAGACAGAAUUAGGUUUGUCUAGCUUUCUGCGCGAGCUAGGUUGA